UUCAUUUUCUAAAAUUGUGUUUAAAACGACCCAAAAUACUUUCAAAUUUAUUCCCUUGCCCGUAAUGAAAUUUCCCCAAACACAGUAUCCAUUUGCUCUGAAUUUAGUAAUUUGGGUAAGCUGCUACUAAAAUCCAAACACUAAAUAGAACUAACAACAUUACAGGGGGAAGACGAUGGGAGGAUCAAGUGCCAUAAACUACAUGAUAUACAUGCGAGGCAACCGCCGGGACUACGACAGUUGGGCGGAGCUGGGCAACCACGGAUGGAGUUACAGAGAGGUGCUACCGUACUUCAAGAAAGCAGAAAACAAUCAAGACGUGGAGUCUCAUGACACUUACCACCACGCAGUUGGCGGUCCCAUCAAUGUUGAACGAUUCCAAUACUUAGAUGUCAACGCAAUGAUGCUGGUACAGGCUUUCAAAGAAAAAGGCUUACCCAUCACUGACUUCAACGGCGAAAACCAAUUGGGAACAGACAUUGCCCAAACAACUUCAAGAAAUGGCCAAAGAAACUCAGCUAAUAAAGCAUACAUCAGCCCCAUUAGAAAUAAACGACCCAACCUACAUAUCGUAAACAACGCCUUCGCUACUAAAAUACUUAUUGAUCCCAUUACAAGGGUAGCUUAUGGGGUUGAAUAUGUUAAAAAUGGAGUAAUAUAUUCUGUACACGCUGAAAAAGAAGUUAUAGUAAGUACCGGUGCCAUAAAUUCUCCAAAAUUAUUGAUGCUCUCAGGGAUUGGACCGAAACAUCAUUUGAAGAGUCUUAAUAUACCUGUCGUUGCCGAUUUGAGUGUUGGAGGUAACUUACAGGAUCAUGUUACUACAGACGCUUUGGUUAUAGCCUUGUCAAAUAAAACAUCAACGGCUGUAGAUGGUCAAGUGUUAUUAGACGAAGUUGAAUCAUUUUAUGAUCAACCUUCUCCUAAAACUGGGCCAUUAGCAGCUACAGGAACGCUUACUGGCACAGCGUUCAUAAGUUCGGAUUAUGAAGAUGCACCAAAUAUACAAUUCCAUUUCGAUGGUCGAAACGUUAAAGAAUUUUACUCAGAUCCUACAACAUAUCUAGCAACUAACAUUUUUCCUUUGGCCUUUUAUGAUGGACUAGCAGCUAGACCAUUGCUUUUGACUCCAAAAAGUAGAGGAUUCAUAUUACUUAAUACUACAGACCCUAUAUUCGGUCCACCUUUAAUUUACUCAAGAUUUUUCACUGAGAGAGAAGAUAUGGAAGAUCUGAUAGAAGGACUAAAGUUUGCUGUAAGCUUAGAAGAAACUGAUGCCUUCAGAGCUAGCGGUGCAAGCUAUGUUAAAAUACCAGUCCAAGCUUGUGCUGGGUACCAUUGGGGUACAGAAGAAUAUUUUGCUUGCUUACUUAUACAAUACACUUCUACGAUUUACCAUCCCGUAGGGACAUGUAAAAUGGGACCAAAAUGGGAUAAAGAAGCUGUUGUUGAUCCAAGAUUAAGAGUUUACGGUGUUGAAAGGUUAAGAGUAAUUGAUGCUUCAAUAAUGCCAUUAAUUGUUAGAGGAAAUACAAACGCUCCGACUAUUAUGAUUGGUGAGAAAGCUAGUGAUAUGAUUAAGCAAGAUUGGUUAAGCUAAAGUAUGUUAUAGUACUUAGAUAAUAAAGGUUAUUUUGUUAAUUUAUCGAAUUGUGUUGUUUGAUUUUGGCAACUUUCGUACAACGUACUUAGAAACAGCAGAAAAUUGUCAAAUGCUUAGAAAUUAUACAACGCUUCGAUUAGUCACGUAAUGUUGACCCAUCAUCUUCAUAAAGUAAUUUUAAGCUUUUACUAUCAACAUUUAUGGCUGUCGAAAUGACACUAGAGCAAAACAGAUAGUAGGUCUAUAAUUAAAGCAAGACCCAUUUCAGUCAGUUAUAUAGGUACUAUUCUAUUUCCAUCGAGAAAGAAGGACGGCGAUAACUUUAAUAUAGUGCGCUCUCCCUCGCACGUGCAAAUAUAGUCCUAUUAUGAUAGUAGUAGCUGGUACAGGUACAAGUCAUUUAUAAUUGAAGGUACUAUAAAAGUUUAUCAAUAAUUAAAAGUUCAUUUGAAUAUUACUUGGAGGUCAAUUUAUUUUCUAACCAAGACUUAUAUUGAAAUUUUAUUUCUAAGUAAUAUUAAUUUUGAUUCUUAAUGUAUCAUUAAUGAAGGUAAUUAAGAGUGAAACGUUUUA